AUGGAGCAUUUGGAGAAGGAGAUGGCUAGGAAACCGUUCUAUACACUGCUUGAAAACCCGUCAGCUCAGAAAAAAUUAAUCUCCGGAGAGAAGAAAGAUAACGACAACAACUCGUUGAAUUUUAAUGGGUUAGCAACAGCCCAUGGUGACAGAAACAGCAAUUACGAGAAACGAAAUGCUUUUCGACAUUUGGCUUUGAACGGCGCGCGUGGAUUUGGUAAAUGA